AUGACGCUUAUCGAGGGAAAGGGGGAUUUCAAUUACAAUCGGUAUCAGGAGAAUCUUCACAUUAUGCUCUCCCUUUGGGAGGAGAUUGCAGAGCUUGCGGAUUUCAAUAAGGACGGAGUUGUCACUGUGGAGGAGUUUAAAGCGGCUGUUCAGAAGAGCUGCGUUGGACGGUCUUACCGCGAUUUUCCACAGGCCAUGAAAAUGUUUAUAGACAGUCACUUCAAACUGGUGGAUAUCAAUGGUCAGCAUGCUAAAAUUGCAGACGAUGGUGUAAUAGCAGCGGAUGAAUUUCGAUACAACUGCGUGAGCAGAAUUCCAGUGGACAGUGUCGACGUCCUCGAUGAGGCAUAUCAAAAUUUGCUGACGGACGACGACCGGAAACGUGGUGGGCUGACGUUAUCGCGUUACCAAGAGCUCUACGCACAGUUCCUGGGGAAUCCCGACGAGAACUGUCCCGCAGUGCACUUAUUCGGCCCUUUACGAGAAUCCUGUUAA